AUGCCUGCAGACCAUAAAAAUUCCCACACUAAAACAAAACGGGUGCAGCGCCAAACAGCGAAACCCAGUUAUUACGAGGGAGAGUCGUCAGACGGUGAACAAGUCCAGGAUCAUGAUAUUAUAAUGCAAGACACAGUUUUGGAUGGCAGUGACUCGCAAUUUGUCAUAGAAACAUCGAAGACUGAUGAUGAGACAAUUAAAGGGAUUAAAACUGAACGUGAAGAUGCGGAAUCUUCUGCAACAAACUCUCGUACACAAAUUGACCAUGAUACUUUAAAAACCCGACAAAGCAUACAACUCCGGCUACAUGCCUUAGAAGCGGAGUUCAGAAAAAAACGUGAUGAGAUAUUUAAUGAACAAUUAAGGCAUAUCGAUGAAGAAAUCAAAGCUGUGCGAGAAGGCACACAUCCUGAAUUCGAGGAACGGUUGCAACAAAUUAUUGACAAGCGAGAACAAAUGCUCGAGCAACAUGCGUUGGCAUUAAGUUAUCAACGUCAAUGUAUACAAAAAGAGUAUGAAGCUGAAACACUUCGCCUUGAAGAAUCUUAUCAGGCGCAACGUCAAGCAGUCAAUGACAGAUUAAUUGCAGAAGUCGAAGAAAGAAAAAGAAAACUCUCAGAAGACUAUGAAAGUUAUGACAUACAUAACGAUGUUGCUAUGGACGGUACUAUGAGGACUCAUACGCAACGAAGAUUACGUACUAGGACAACACAAGAGGUUGAAGUUAAAGUAAAGAAACAAAAAAUUGCUACACGACCUUCCGUGUCUUACAAGUUAUGUGAUAGUGAUAUUAACGAAGACUUGGCUGAAAUAGGCUUGGUAAAUAUUGGCCACCGUUUAUAUUAUUUUGAUUUUUGUAUUUCUGAAUUAUAA